AUGUCUGCGAUCCCAUCCGACCAUACUCUCGUCCUGGUUUCUGGCGCGAACCAAGGGCUUGGGUACGAGACCGUGAAGAAGCUAGCAGCCGAACAGAUAAAGUACCAUAUCCUCCUUGGCUCCCGCAGUUUCGAGAAAGGCAAGGAGGCUGCCAGCAGCAUUACCGACCUUGCCAACGGGACGUCGGUCGAACCCAUAGAGCUCGACGUCGACAGUGACGACUCCAUCGCCAAAGCCGCCAAAUACGUCGAGCAAAAGUACAGACGUCUCGAUGUCCUGUUCAACAACGCCGGCAUCAGCAAAACGGAAGGCACCACUCCGCGUGAGAACUUCAACCGCGUGCUCGCCACCAACGUCACGGGAUAUGCCUGCACGACUGAAGCAUUCAUCCCGCUCCUGCGAAAGGCUGAAAUCCCUCGUCUGGUGUUCAUGUCGUCUGGUCUAGGGUCGAUUACCUGUGCUUUGGAUCCCGAAUUUCCGUAUUACGGGUUCGGAGAGACACUUGAAAACAAGGCUUACAUUACAUCAAAGGCUGCCGACAAUAUGCUCGGCGCUCUGUACGCAGUUCAGCUGGGCAAGGAGGGUUUCAAGGUCAACAUGAUUGAUCCGGGUUUCAGGGCUACCAAUCUGAAUGGAUAUUCGAACAUGGCGGGAAGUGCCAGCGACGGGGCGAUACAAGCGUGCAAGUUGAUUACCGACACUGAUAAGAAUGGUUUACACGCGACCUUCACGUCCACGGACAUGACGUAUCCGUGGUGA